AUGACCCGUCCCUGGCGGCGUCUCCAGAGUCUGGUUUGGGAAUACUGGGCCGGGCUCCUGGUUUGCGUGCUCUGGAUUCAGGACUCCCGGGGAAUGCCCCAUGUCAUCCGGAUAGGGGGAAUCUUUGAGUAUGCAGAUGGACCCAAUGCCCAGGUCAUGAAUGCAGAGGAACAAGCCUUCCGAUUUUCUGCCAAUAUCAUCAACAGGAACAGGACUUUACUGCCCAAUACCACCUUGACCUAUGAUAUUCAGAGGAUACAUUUCCAUGACAGCUUUGAAGCCACUAAGAAAGCCUGUGACCAGCUGGCCUUGGGGGUCGUAGCCAUUUUUGGACCUUCUCAGGGUUCCUGCACCAAUGCAGUCCAGUCCAUCUGCAACGCCCUGGAAGUGCCCCACAUCCAGCUACGUUGGAAACACCAUCCCUUGGAUAACAAAGACACCUUCUAUGUGAAUCUCUACCCUGACUAUGCAUCCCUCAGCCAUGCCAUUCUUGACCUUGUCCAGUAUCUUAAAUGGCGGUCAGCAACUGUGGUAUAUGAUGACAGCACAGGCCUCAUCCGACUGCAGGAACUUAUCAUGGCCCCAUCACGCUACAAUAUCCGCCUGAAGAUCCGCCAGCUCCCCAUUGAUUCUGAUGACUCCCGGCCCCUGCUCAAGGAGAUGAAAAGAGGCAGAGAAUUCCGCAUCAUCUUUGACUGCAGUCACACCAUGGCUGCCCAGAUCCUCAAGCAGGCCAUGGCGAUGGGGAUGAUGACUGAGUACUACCACUUUAUCUUCACAACUCUGGACCUUUAUGCAUUAGACUUAGAACCCUACCGCUACUCCGGAGUGAAUCUAACAGGGUUCCGGAUCCUCAAUGUGGAGAACCCUCAUGUCUCAGCCAUUGUGGAGAAGUGGUCCAUGGAGAGGCUGCAGGCGGCACCCCGGGCUGAGUCUGGCCUGCUGGAUGGGGUGAUGAUGACAGACGCGGCCUUGCUUUAUGAUGCUGUCCAUAUCGUCUCUGUGUGCUACCAGCGGGCUCCGCAGAUGACUGUCAAUUCACUGCAGUGUCACCGCCAUAAAGCCUGGCGCUUUGGAGGUCGCUUCAUGAAUUUCAUCAAAGAAGCUCAAUGGGAAGGAUUAACUGGACGGAUUGUUUUCAACAAAACCAGUGGCUUACGGACUGAUUUUGACUUGGAUAUCGUCAGCCUAAAGGAAGAUGGCCUGGAGAAGGUGGGUGUGUGGUGUCCUGCUGAUGGCCUCAACAUCACAGAGAUUGCCAAAGGCCGGGGUCCCAACGUCACUGACUCCUUGACCAACAGAUCCCUCAUUGUCACCACUGUGCUGGAGGAGCCCUUCGUCAUGUUCAGGAAGUCAGACAUGACCCUCUUUGGGAAUGACCGGUUUGAGGGCUACUGCAUUGACCUGCUGAAGGAACUGGCCCACAUCCUGGGCUUCACCUAUGAGAUCCGACUGGUGGAAGAUGGGAAGUAUGGGGCACAGGAUGAGAAGGGCCAGUGGAAUGGCAUGAUUAAGGAGCUCAUUGACCAUAAGGCAGACUUGGCUGUAGCCCCUCUGACCAUCACUCACAUCCGGGAAAAAGCCAUUGACUUCUCCAAGCCCUCUCACCACUCCUCCCUGUGUUUCUCUGAGCCCCCUUCCCCGGACCAUCUCCCACCCUCUAUUCUCAGUCUCACAGCUCCCCUCUCCCUUCUCCUCCACAGGUUCAGCCCUUAUGAAUGGUACGAUGCACACCCAUGUAACCCUGGCUCAGACAUCGUGGAGAACAACUUCACUUUACUCAACAGCUUCUGGUUUGGGAUGGGCUCCCUGAUGCAACAAGGCUCUGAACUAAUGCCCAAAGCCCUGUCCACGAGGAUCAUUGGUGGCAUCUGGUGGUUCUUCACGCUGAUCAUCAUUUCUUCAUACACGGCCAACCUGGCGGCCUUCCUGACAGUAGAGAGGAUGGAAUCUCCCAUUGACUCAGCGGACGACUUAGCCAAGCAGACCAAGAUUGAGUAUGGGGCAGUCAAGGAUGGGGCCACCAUGACCUUCUUCAAGAAAUCCAAGAUUUCCACAUUUGAGAAGAUGUGGGCAUUCAUGAGCAGCAAACCCUCAGCCCUGGUAAAGAACAAUGAGGAGGGGAUCCAGAGAGCCCUUACAGCUGACUACGCCCUGCUCAUGGAAUCCACAGCCAUUGAGUACAUCACUCAGAGGAACUGCAACCUCACCCAAAUUGGAGGCCUCAUCGACUCCAAAGGCUAUGGGAUUGGCACACCUAUGGGUUCCCCCUACAGAGACAAGAUCACCAUUGCCAUCCUUCAGCUCCAGGAAGAGGACAAGCUGCACAUCAUGAAGGAGAAGUGGUGGCGGGGCAACGGCUGCCCAGAGGAGGAAAGCAAGGAGGCUAGUGCCCUGGGCAUCCAGAAGAUUGGGGGCAUCUUCAUUGUGCUUGCUGCAGGGCUGGUGCUCUCUGUGCUGGUGGCUGUGGGCGAGUUCAUCUACAAACUCCGAAAAACGGCCGAGCGGGAACAGCGUUCAUUCUGCAGCACUGUGGCUGACGAAAUCAGAUUCUCCCUCACCUGCCAGCGACGGGUCAAACACAAGCCUCAGCCACCAGUCAUGGUCAAAGCCGACGCUGUCAUCAACAUGCACACAUUCAAUGACCGUAGACUCCCAGGCAAGGACAGUAUGACCUGCAAUACUGCUCUGGCACCCGUGUUCCCCUAG